AUCUCUCUCUCAGAUUAGUAUUUUAUUAUAUAGGUGACGUAUAAGCGUGUCUCUCUUAGUUUCAUGUUAGUUUGUGCUUGUAGCUUAUUGGAUGGAGGAUAGUGAAAAAAGGAAAAAAUUUCUCCUAGAUCUAAGGAUCUAUGGAUCGCCGGACGUGACAAUAUAUUAUUUAAUGUGACAACUUAUUUGAUGUGUAUGACAAAAAAAUUAUUAAUAUGUCAGAAAAUAUUGCAUGUUCCAGUAACCAAUCUAUUCCGAUAAUGAUGGCAAUAAAAGUGUCUAUGAUGAGAUUUAUUUAGAUAUUGAUAAAAUUCCUGUUGUCAUAGAUGAUACAAGAAAUAAUACUAAUAUUCCUACGGAUAAUAAUAUGUACGACGUAGGGAAAGCGUUCCCUCAAAAAUGGCAGCAUGGCCCCUCUCAGGCUUCUCUCUGGUACAACAUAUUUCGAUCAACAAAUCUGCACGUGCGUGUAUAUUCGUGAAUAAGAAAAAGUUCAAGAAAGGCAAGUUCAAGAAUACAGUGAUUAUAUAUUAUAUAUAUUAUUUAAUGUGACAACUUAUUUGAUGACUUAUGUGUAUGACAAAAAAUUAUUAAUAUGCCAGAAAAUAUUGCAUGUUCCAGUAACCAAUCUAUUCCGGUACAAGAAAGAAAAAAGAAAGGCCUAUCAAAGCAAAAUGCAUUGUAUUCUGUUGUUAAAUUUAAUGUUGAAUUUAAUGAUGAAGAAAAUGAAACAUACUCCGUAAUUCCAACCUUUUGGUUAAAAGAUAAGUACACUUAUUGGCCAAAAAAAGAUGUACGUAAGUGCAUUAUAAAACGCAAAACACCACAUAAUGAUUGGACUCUUUAUCCAGUUACUAUUAUUGGUAAAUAUGAUUCAUAUGAACAGGCUCUACAAAAAGAAAAAAUGAUGGAUGACAAAAAUACAGAAUCAGAAAAUAAUUUAGGCCGCGGAUUUAGGCAGAAAAAACUUUCACAUUUUCUUGCAGAAGAGAAUGAUAAUUUUUAUUGUGGAAAGAUUAGUUGUCUUUAAUUACUAUCUUUAAUUACUUAUUGUUAAGUCAAUUUAUUUUUAUAUUG